AUGAAGUUAAAUAGAGAUAUAACUGUGAAUAAGACUGACUUGAGAGCCAAUGCAAAAAAUAUGUUCAAAAGAAACAACAAUUCAUACAAUAGAAAUAGAAAUAAUAAGAGAUUGAAAGUUCCUGAUGAUCCAAGAUUAGACAUUGUUCAACAAAUUUAUCCCAAUCCUCAAACAGUAAUAAAAAGGGAGAAUGUUUUGGUUAUAAACUUACCUGAUGGGAUGUCGAGAUCCAUCAGUAAUAAAACAGGUUAUGAUAAAAAGCUGCAAAAUUUCACUUGGACCAUUCAAUGGAUAUUCGAAGGACAAGAUUUGAAGAAAGAUUUCAUUAGUUAUAGAAUAAGUGAAAAUUUGAAAUUAGUAGACGCCUUCCCCGUGAAUGUGUUACACGUUGAAUUAAAGAAAGAAGAUUUGAAAUUUUAUCUUGAGAACGUCAUUACAAUCAAUGAUAAAUAUAUCCAAUUGAAUGGGGACACCUCAAUAAGUGAGUGUCUUAAAGAUACCAUAGUUUUGGAAUAUCCCACCAUACAUGUACGAUUAGAUGAAAUUGAAUCGAUAACCUUGAAUAAAGCUUAUCAAAUGACCAACGAUAGUUCUGAGAGUGAUAGUGACAGUGACAGUAGCAGCGAUGAUAUCAGUGACGAAAGCAACGACAGUGACGAAAGUGAUGAUAAUGAUAGUGAUUCUGAUGGACCUCCAGAGGAACACUUAUCUAAAGACCCAAACCAAGUAUAG